GUAUUUUUCACUCCCAAACGAUGCUAUAUAUAGAGGGACAAUAGUAAUUGUGUGGGUCGGUGGGCAGAGAAGGUGAAGAACUCCAGCAUGGCCCCCAAAAUGGCAAGGCACAAGAAGGAAGGAGGCGGGUCUAAUGUCUUCUCCAUGUUUGAUCAAAGUCAGAUCCAGGAAUUUAAGGAGGCAUUCACAAUUAUGGAUCAGAACCGAGAUGGCUUCAUUGACAAAGCUGACCUCAGAGACACUUUUGCAGCACUUGGCACAGAUCCGGAGGAGAUCAUUUUGAACGCUUUUCGGAUUUUCGACCGCGAAGGAAAAGGUUACGUAAAAGCAGAUUACAUGAAAGAAAUGCUCAUGACCCAAGCAGACCGGUUCACUGAAGAAGAGGUUAAACAGACCUUCAGUGCUUUCCCACCGGAUCCUUCGGGUAACCUUGACUACAAGAAUCUCGUUUACGUGAUUACUCAUGGCGAGGAGAAAGACUAACGGACUCCAAGGAGGUCCAUUAGGAGAAUGUGAUUUAUGUCACCUCUUUGGGACAUCCAGAUAGCUUCACUUUUGUGUGUUGCGGACCUGAAGCUUGUAAAACAAUCCAUGCACCAUUAAAACCCAUUUUACCAA